GUUUUUCUGAUUUUUCAAUCGAAAGUUAAUUCAAAGAUAAUUUUAAUAAUCAUUUUGUAAGAAUUUUAUUAAUUUAAAUUUGAUACUUGCCUUAUAACCCCUUCAUUUUUAUGAUUUUUAUAUGCUUUUCCCAGAAUUAUCCGUUGACGAAUUUCGUCUACAAAUAUAAUUUGAACUAAUUUGUGAAGUUAUUUCGUUACUUUUAUUUAAUAAGUUUUAUCUGCGCUAUUUGAAUGCUCAACAUUUUUAAGGAUAACUAAUGAAUUGGAUAAUCAAUUCUCAAUCGGAUUACUUUUUAAGAUUCUGGUUUUAAUGGUUUAUAUUCAUCACAUACUGUGAAAUUACUUAUAUUAUAGCUGGUAUAACUAAAUUCAACCAUUCUAUCGAUAACUCUAGUAUUUCAGUGAUCACAAAGACCCAUCAUGACUAGCUUCAUUGCUGCUCGAUUAAGUCCUUGUAGUCUUAAUAUAAUAAACGUGUCUGGACGAUGGAGUUCAUUAAUUUCUAUUCGUCGUUCCCUAUCUUACAACCACAAAGACAUUGAAAAUGCCCAUACCAGAAAAAGCAGUACACAAACUGGCCUUAUAUUUGAUGCCUCCAUGGUUGACCACAAAUGUCUUUGGGAUGAAAAUUUUCCAGAACGCCCAGAUAGAUUUAUACGCAUUCUAGAAAAAAUGCAACAGUUAAGCUUAGUUGAUCGAUGCAAAUUAUUGCAGCCACGGCUAGCCUCAAAGAAAGAAAUACUUUACAUUCACACUGAAAAUCAUUAUGAGCAAAUGAAAGCUACUGAAACGAUAACUGAUCCAGCUGAACUGGAAGAAUUGUCAUCUAAAUAUGAUUGUGUUUACUUUCAUCCCAAAACCAACCAACUUGCAUUAUCAGCUGCUGGCUCUACAAUUAAUUUAGUAGAUGCUGUAUUAAAGGACGAAGUUAAAAAUGGAUUUGCUUUGAUUCGUCCACCAGGCCACCAUGCUUUUGCCGAUAAACCUUGUGGUUACUGUUACUACAAUAAUAUUGCCCUUGGUGCUGCUCAUGCAAUUAAUGAUCAUGGAUUAGAAAGAGUUUUAAUUGUUGAUUGGGAUGUUCAUCAUGGACAAGCCACCCAAUUUUCAUUCGAAGACCAAAACAAAGUGCUUUACUUUUCAAUGCACAAAUAUUUAAAUGGAUAUUUCUGGCCUAGACUCAUUGAAUCAAACUAUACCCAUGUUGGACGUGGUCCCGGUAAAGGUUUCAAUAUAAAUGUUCCUUUAAACUCUGAAGGCCUAACUGAUUCUGACUAUCUUGCGAUAUUCCACAACAUUUUGCUUCCUGUUGCUUACGAGUACAAUCCACAGCUGAUACUUAUUUCGGCUGGAUAUGAUGCAGCAAUUGGAUGUCCAUCAGGCAAGAUGUUACUUUCUCCGGCUUUGUUCUCCCAUUUGACCAAUCAAUUAAUGACUCUUGCUGAUGGAAAAGUUUGUGCGAUUUUAGAGGGUGGCUAUUGUCUUUCAUCACUUGCUGAUGGAGCUGCACUUACUUUACGUACUCUUCUUGGUGAUCCAUGCCCUCCUUUACCCGAUUUACAUAGGCCUUCGAAACUCAACGAAUCAACUGUCAACUCUAUCUUGGAUACUAUCUGGGCUUUGAAACCUUAUUGGAAGUCAUUGAGAAUCCAAGAGGAAUUUAAAGAUUCAGAAAAACAAACCAAUGCAAAUGAGACUCUUCGUUAUAUUCCUGAUGUUGAAAAUAGUGGAAAAUUAUCUUCAAACAAAACUAGAGAGAAAUAUUGGACAAGAAAUUUUUAUCCUAUUCAUGAUGCUGAAACUUUCAUUAAAUUGGAAUCUGAAAUUCAACAGUUACGAGAUUUAACUGAUUUAACUGUACCUCCAACAAAAACUUGUAUUGCAGUUAAUUUUGAUGUCAAUCGACAUCAUGAUAAAAACCCAAAUCAUCCAGAAAGUCCUGCCAGAAUCUUGAGCAUCUAUGAAGGGCUCAAAAAAAGUGGUCUUUUAGAUGAUUGCGCGAUUAUUGAAAGUAAACGUUGUGCAAAAGACGAUGAGCUCCAGUUGAUUCACUCUGAAAAGUUUAUCAAGGAAAUUGAGUUACUAGAAAACAUGGAACAAGAACAGAUUGAAGUUUUUGUGGAUCCCCUUGAAGUUUCACCAACUUAUUUGAAUAAAAAUACAAAUCAAGCAGCUCGGCAAGCGGUUGGUACCUUACUUGAAGUUACUGAUCAAGUUUUAACAAACAAAUGUCAGAAUGGUUUUGCUAUCAUCAGACCUCCAGGUCAUCAUGCAGCUAAAGAUAACGUUUCUGGUUUCUGUAUUUUUAGUAACGUUGCCAUUGCAGCCAAAUAUGCAAUCAAAAAAUAUAAUCUUAAACGAGUUAUGAUACUGGAUUGGGAUGUUCAUGCUGGAGAUGGAACUCAAUCAGUUUUAAAAAAUGACCCAAAUGUGCUUUUCUUUUCCCUCCACCGUCAUGAUUCUGCCUCAUUUUUCCCUUAUCGCACCGAUACUGGAUUAAAAACUGAAUCCAAUAUCAUCAACAUUCCAUGGAAUGGAGGAUCAAUGACAAAUUCUGAUUACAUCUUAGCAUUUAGCAACAUUAUUCUUCCAAUUGCCUAUGAAUAUAAUCCAGAGAUUGUCUUUGUUUCAUCAGGAUUUGAUGCAGUCAAAAAUGAUCCUCUUGGGGAGUACCAAUUAGAUCCAGCAAUUUACGGUCAUUUCACUCACCUUCUUGGUGGACUCGCAAGGGGCAAAUUGGUUAUUGCUCUUGAGGGUGGUUAUAAUCUGACUGAAAUCACUAAUUCAGCAAAGCAUUGUGUUUCAGCUUUAACUGGAAAGUCUCCUAAAUCAUUGGAAGAAUCGAGUAUCAAUGAAAAUGCUAUAACAACCAUUCGAGAAGUCAUCAAUUAUCAUUCGCACAAAUAUUCAUCUUUAGCUUUCAAUAUCCAACUACCUGAAAAUAAAAUGAUUUGAUCUCUUGAUCAAAUACACUCGUUAUUAAACUUGUUAUAUAAAAUUGCAAAUCCGAGUUAAUGAUUAAAGAUCUAAUAAUAACUUUUGUAAGAAACCCGUAUUUUUGGCUUACCUGAAUUUCAUUUAAAAAUAAACACGAGUUUUCAUUUUA